AUGGACGAUAAAAGCGCGAAUAUAUCGUCUAUAACGAACACUCUCUGCGUAGAAAGCAGGCAAGAAGAAACGGAUGAAAAAUACUCGGAUGUGCUUAAUGAAGUCAUUUUACAUGGUGAAUCUAUUCCUGGGCUAAAUAACAUUCAUAUGAACUAUCGGGAAGCAUGGAAAAUAGGAAGGCAAGGAUGUUUGGGUACACGUAGGAGCUUUUGGGAUCCAAGAAUAUUUACAAUGACCUGGUAUUUCAUCUGUGAUGGCACAGAUCCUGUCAACUUUUUGGUACUUUAUCCAUAUAAACGCAAAUCUGGUACAAAUUUGAAACCAAUUGUAAUAAGGUAA